AUGGAUCCGGAAGAGGCUGGUAUCAACGAGGACGGCUACUACGAGGACGAGCCUGACUUUAACGAGGAUGGCGAUGACGCACUUGACGAGGCGGGCGGCCUCGACGAUGCCGAAAUGGGCGAUGAGUCGGUCGUGCAUUCGAGCGCCGGCGGUGCCAUCCCUGCAGGCGGAACGGAUGACUCAAAGCCGAACACGGAGCGCAUCACGACGCCGUACAUGACCAAGUACGAAAAGGCCCGGAUCCUUGGUACGCGUGCGCUUCAGAUUAGCAUGAACGCGCCUGUAUUGGUUCCUACGGAAGGUGAGAUGGACCCUCUGGCCAUCGCGCAAAAAGAGCUCGUUGCCAAGAAAAUUCCCUUGCUCGUCCGCCGCUAUCUGCCGGACGGUAGCUACGAGGACUGGAGCGUCGCUGAGCUCAUUACCUCGGACUGA